AAAUAACAAAAACACAUGAAUAUGUAUUGUAUGUAUUAUGUGCUGCUCGCGCUUAUGCAGAUCUGAACUCUUACCACUCUCUGCCUCUUCAAGAGAGAUUGCAGGUACAGAAACCGAGAGAGAGAGAGAGAGAGAGAGAGAGAGAGUAAAGAGUGAAUAGUGAGAGAGUGCUGUUAGCAACUUAGCAGUACUCAGUACUGCCUUUUAGCAAGCCCGCUUGUUAUAUUUCAAACCCUACUGAUUGCCAAGCGAGAGAGAGAAGGGGUACCUCAAACCUUCACAAUCCUUUGUUUCUUGCUUGCUUCUGUUUUUUCUCUCCUAGAAGUAAAAGCCCAAGAAGCAAUGGAUCCUUUUGAAGCCACAAACGUAGUAUUCUCAAAGAUAAAAUUUUUGGAGCCAGAGAAUGCCUCAAAGAUCAUGGGGUACCUUCUGAUACAGGACCUUGGAGAGAACGAUUUGAUACGCUUGGCCCUUGGGUCUGAGACAUAUCUGCAGGCACUCAUCUUCAAAGCCAAAACCCAGUUGGGUCUUCCCUCGAAUAUUAUUUCUACACCCCCUACACCUUCCUCCCCUUCGCCUCUCAAUCCCAUAGCCAGACCAACCAACGCCAACCCUUUUUCACACUCCUCACCUAGACUCCCCAAUGGCUUUGACUUUCAUAGAAACCCAUCUACUGCCUCCUCAAAUUCUUGGCUACUUUCUGGGUUCCCAAACAAGCCCAUUAGCCCAAAGUCAAGUCCUUUGCUAACCUACGAUAAUAUCCGCGCCGGGUCGCUUGCUUCACGUUCAUUCCCAUAUAGCAAGAAUGGCUUUGAGAACGGUAGUGGCACUAACACUGACCUCAUUGACGAGCACCACCUCAACGAGUACCUCUCCUUCCUCAACGACUCUUCAUCUUCAUCCAGGACCGAAGAUUUGCUCGAUCCAGGAUUCGAAUUUGGUCAUGAAGUACACAAUUGGGCACAUUCUGCCAAUCAUGGAGAAACCCAUCUUCACAGACGGAGCUAUUCGGCGAGCGAAGCGUGUUUCGCGUCAGAAGAACCUGGCUUGGAAUCUGGGUUCAAGCCCUGCCUUUACUUUGCCAGAGGGUUUUGCAAAAAUGGCAGCAAUUGCAAGUUUGUGCACGGCGGGUUUGUUGAUUCGGUUGAUAUUCCUUCUGGUCCCAUUGUGGGUUGCCCGAGUAAGUUCGAGGAGUUGGAACUGCAGGAGGAGAUGAUGAGAUUGAAGGCUGCGCAGCAGCAAAGAUUGGCUGCGCAGCAGUUCAUGGCUGGAGUAUCACCGUCACAGUCAGCGUACAACAAGUGCAUGAAUUUUCUCUUGCAGCAGCAGACCGAACCCCAGAGCUCCGACAGCAUUUAUGAUGGGGAAGAUUUUUUCAAGUUGGGCCGCUGCCGGCCAGAGAGGAAUGACUUUUUGGCAAUGGCAUCUACAGAAAAGUUGAAUUCGGCUUCGAGGCAGAUCUACUUGACCUUUCCAGCGGACAGCACUUUUAAAGACGAAGAUGUUUCCGAGUACUUCAGCAAUUUUGGACCAGUCCAAGAUGUGAGGAUUCCAUACCAGCAGAAGCGAAUGUUUGGGUUUGUUACAUUUAUCUACUCAGAAACUGUGAAACUCAUUUUGGCCAAAGGGAAUCCACAUUUUAUAUGUGAUUCACGUGUGCUUGUCAAGCCCUACAAGGAGAAGGGAAAAUUUCCGGACAAAAGGCAACAACAGCAACUGGAGGGAGAGUUUUCACCUUGUUCAAGUCCCUCUGGGCUCGACUCUAGAGAAUCCUAUGAUCUGCCCCAUGCACCUAGAAUGUUUUAUAAUACGCAAGAAAUGAUAUUGAGGAGAAAAUUAGAGGAGCAGACUGAACUACAGCAAGCAAUUGAACUUCAAGGAAGAAGACUGAUAAAUUUGCAGCUUCCAGACUUGGAUGAACGUAUACACCACCACCAGCGCAGUCUGUCUGUUGGUUCUCCUGUUCUCGUAACUGCUCAGCUUCAUGCUAAUGUCAAUCAAAGUGUCAUCCUCCCAUCUGUUGGAACCAAACAAGAUGUUGCACAAGGUCAGCCAUAUGAUGGUCACAGUGACAAUUCUGCUGCAGCUGCUGAGCAUCAUCUUUUGCACGAAGCGAAUCCAGCUUGUAUUCACAAUAAUCACAGUGCCAACAGCAAGGAGGACAUCUUCCAUGCUGAAGAGUUUGAUCUCCAGAAAAGUGUAGAGCAGGUACUUCCCGAUAGCCUUUUGCCUUCUCCUACCAAAUCAGUAGGGGAUAAUCUCUCUGUCAAUUCUGCUGCUGUGUUGGAGGUUAAUGAGAGCUCCGCAUUCUCCACUACUCAGUAUUCUUCUGGAAAAGAUUUAUCACUCAGCAAUUCAACUAAUGACAAAGCUUCCAAAUAAUAUCUAAAUGCCAAGGUGCAUCCCUCAAGAAACUCUCUCGCUAUACUGAUAAGAGAAUAGAUGGUGGAUUCAACUUUAGAUAUAUUUAUUUUUUAAUUCCUUGAGUUUUCUAUUGGCAUGGAACUUUUGCAAUGCAGCCUUUGUAAUAAACGUGAGCAUGGCUGAACGGACUGACUUUCGGGUAACAGAUAUUCUUUUGUUUCUUGAAUUUUGCUAAAAAUUAAAACUACAAUUUGCAGAUAUCUGGUCAAGGCUUCUUGGUGAUUAGAGUACUCAUGUUUAUCUUGGCAGAAAUCAUAGAGAAGCUUAUAAAAGGGCGAAAAAUCCUUCAAAAAAUAUAGGAGAUUAUACCUACAUCAAAGAGUAGAUCCAUAGAGAAGAUAUGAACGAGUACAUCACCAUCAUCGGCAAUACAUACUACUACUAACAGCAAAUACAUAUUCCAUACAUCAGGACAGAUGAUUCUGAGUAGAGAAGGGUGUUUCUCUUCUACCGCCGUAACGACGCUGUAUGUGUUUCUGGACCACACUGACUGGAGCAGUACAAAGGAUUGUAACUUCUAUCACACUGUCAGCUACACAUUUUCUUUCUUUUUACCAUAUUUAUGUUGGGAGAUGUUGUUCAGUAGAAUUGGACUUUAUGCCAGAAGAUUAGACGAGACAAAUAUGUACAGGCUACUUUGUUAGAAACAAAGGAAGUUUAGAGGAAAA